UGGGUGGAUUGGCGGUUUGGUCUGGGCGCUUGUCAACCCAUACUACGUCGUUUAGGCAGUGCAGAAAACUGGGAUAAGGGUUUGGAAUUAAACGAUUCCACUCUUAAAUCGGCUAACCGCGAACCACACCACGGCCGAGUAGGGCCUCUCUCUCGCUCUAGCUUCUAAUUUCACUAGAGGAGGGACUCGGAUCUUGAGAACCUAAUGGCAGCGGCUCUCCUCUCAACCCCUACCCUCAAAACCUCUUUCCUUGGCCGUCGUCUUCACAGUUCAAUUCGAGGCGAUUCGAGAAGAAAUAACCCGGGCUAUGUGGGAUUUAUCUCCCCAAAAUGUGCAGUGGAUACGCCUUAUGAAGGUAGCAUUUCAAAAUUCCCUAGGUUGAAUGUCUGGGAUCCUUAUAAGCGGCUGGGGGUUAGUACUGAUGCUUCGGAAGAAGAAGUUUGGAGUGCUCGGAACUUUUUGUUGGACCAAUAUGCCAAUCAUGAAAGAAGUGCUGAAUCAAUAGAAGCUGCUUUCGAGAAAUUACUGAUGACCAGCUACAAGAACAGGAAGAAGAUGAAGAUCAACUUGAAAAGCAGGCUAAAGAAGAAAGUUGAGGAAUCUCCACCAUGGGUGAAGAACUUACUCAGCUUUGUUGAGAUUCCUCCCCCUGUGAUCAUUUUGAGACGGUUGUUCCUGUUUUCUUUCAUGGCAUGCUGGAGCGUGAUGAACUCUGCUGAAGCGGGGCCUGCUUUCCAGGUGGCAUUAUCUCUUGGAGCUUGCAUUUACUUCCUCAAUGACAAGAACAAAAGCUUGCCUAGAGCUGCCAUUAUUGGAUUCGGAGCUCUUGUGGCUGGCUGGUUUUGUGGGUCUAUGACGGUUCCACUCGUUCCUUCAUUUUUGUUGCAGCCGACUUGGACUCUUGAGCUUCUUACGUCCUUGGUAGUAUAUGUAUUCUUGUUCCUUGCCUGUAGUUUCCUCAAGUGAAACCUAUACGACACUUUUUACAAGUUACUAAGGAUUGUUGAGAACUUGAUUUUGCUUGGUAGAUGAUUCAAUUUUUUUCUGCAUAAUCA